AUGGUAGACCGCACAAUUGUUGUUAGGCGCAAUGUUGUUGACCCUCUACUUGAAGGAGAGGUUGUUGAUGAUGGCAUCAAAGAGAUGUUGGUAGAGCAGCUCGCCAAAGAAAAGAUACUUUCUACUUUGCUCUUGUCGAACGUCUCUGAUGAAGUUGUUAAGAGGAUGACUGAGCGUGUUGCCGAAGCCGACAAGGAAGCCUUCAAGCUCUAUGCUCUGACCCUUAUAGAUCAAGCCAAGGCUGCUCAGGGCGCAAAGCGUCGUAGGGUGGAGUCUGAGCAAGAAAAGGAGGAUUUCGACAAAUUCAAGAAGAACAUCCAGGAUCGAUUUGGUCCAGAUGUGAAGGUCCUGCCACAUUGGUGCCCCCUUACCGCUUGCUCACCGUCUAUCGAGCUCUCCCUUUGA